GGGAGGGAGAGAGAAAAAUGGUCAAGUCCUGCAAUCACAGCCAGAGUCUGGCAGGAGCAGCAUGUUUCAGCCCAGAUAUGACCCAGUGUUCCUGACCCACCCCGUCAAUCUCUCUCAUCCUGCUUUCUAUACCGUCACACCAAACGUUUUAAAGCUGAGGAGUUUAGGAUUUAGCGUGGCAUCACACACCUGCUUUACGUCUCGGCGGACCAAUAGGAUCCGGGACACGUGAACUGAGAGGAGUCGCCUUCAGUCACAGCAGUGUAGUCGGACACACUUUCUUUCCUCUUGAAAGGAGCUGCCCCCUCUCGACGUGGGAUGCACUGGAUCAAGCAUGGAUUUUACACUUUUAUGUGACUUUUGAGAAAAAGAGAGGGGUAAAGGAAGAAGAGGAGAAGAAGCCUUGGAUAAGUGUUGCGACCACCAAGGAAGAAAGGGUGGAGGUGGGAGGAGGCAGGUGGGGAGGGUGAUGGGAAACGUCAACAAGACUUCUAACAAGGACAGUAACAGGAAAAAGGGGGCUCCGUCCGUACAGCAAAGUGACACAGCGUUAGCCACGGCCAUGCUAGGUUCCCUGGGUGGUGCUGGGGAGGUGGACACAGAGGAGGAGGAGGAUGAGGAGGAAGGAGGGAGCAGGCGGGAAUUUGAUGACCCGCUGUGCACUCUGGUUAAGAACUGCAACAUGCUGCACAACAUAGUGGGGCCAGCUUGUAUCUUCCUCAGACAGGGCUUCGCUCAAAGCCAACUUGACCGAGACCUACGGCCAGAGGAAAUGGAAGAACUGCGUGAAGCCUUCAGAGAGUUUGACAAAGACAAAGAUGGCUUCAUCAGCUAUAAGGACCUGGGAGAAUGCAUGAGGACUAUGGGAUACAUGCCGACUGAAAUGGAACUCAUUGAGCUCAGCCAGCAGAUCUGUGGGGGCAGAGUGGACUUUGAGGACUUUGUGGAACUGAUGGGCCCCAAAAUGCUUGCUGAGACUGCAGACAUGAUUGGAGUAAAAGAGUUAAGGGAUGCCUUCAGAGAGUUUGACUCGGACGGCGACGGUCAGAUUAGCCUUGGGGAACUAAGGGAAGCUAUGAAGAAACUGAUGGGAGAACAGCUGAACCACCGGGAGAUUGAUGAGAUCCUGCGAGACGUAGACCUCAAUGGAGACGGACAGGUGGACUUUGAAGGUAAGUGGACCCAUGCCUAUUUACAGGUCAGUAUUCAGAGAUUCACAGAUUUUUCUGUGACACCAAAUUAUUUCCAGAAAAACCCUUUUUGAGGAUUUUCGAUAGAAAAGGCAGCUUGAGAGGCUGAAAUAACUGGGCACAAUGCUACUAGACGUGCUAUUGGCUGACAUUUACAAUCCAGGAGCACCAAUUAUUUUUCUUGACACUGACUGGCUCUUUCCCUAAGAGUGGAAAUAGGGAAGACUGUAGAUGUUAGCUUCAGCAGUAGUGCUUAGGCAGUUUUUAUUGUUGAUAUGAAUGAAUGCUACAGUAUAUCUUGGUACACAGUCACAUGUCAUUUUGGAGGGGACUCAAAUAUUUGCUGACUUUAGCUAUUCAUGCAGUUCUGGCCUGUAACCUGCAUGUAAAAUGUCAUAAGCUAAGUCAAGCUGUUCUAAAUUUUCUCACUGAUGUUGAUCAUCACUCUGACACAGCAGAAAUAUCACACAUGGUCCACUGCGAAAAAGAAAUCAUUCACCGUUCAGUCCAACAUGGUCAAUUAGGAGGAAGGAAAUUAACAUGAUCGUUACAUCACAAAAGUAAUCACCCUCUCCCUGAUACAGCAGAAUGAUGUGAAUUAUACAUCCUUCAUUCUAAUAUACAUACACUAUUAUGUGUACAAUGUAUUAUGUGUAUCAGAAUCUAUACACAUACUGCACUGAGGGGAAAAAACCUGAUGUUCCACUAAGUUAUUUUGAUUUCUUCAGAUUUAAACCCACAUUAGAUGUGUUUAUUGAUAUGCAAGUACAUAU